AUGAUCUUCAUCCUGGCGUGGAUCCUGACCUUCAAAAAUGCGAGACGCAUUAGUCCCAAUAUCCGGCCGCACAUACAUGUCAAAGUCCUCGAGCGUAGAGACGCGCAGAUUUUCGGGUAUACACCGCUAGGUCUCUUUCUGCAGUGCACCCCAUACCUGUCAGCACCUCUGGACGUAUUUGCCUGGCUCAGCUACGGCGUCAUUCACUUUGUCUCUCCCUUUCUCUGUGCGGCCUGGCUCUGGUUCUUCGCUCCACCAGGCAUCGUCGGUGCAUUCGCUUGGUCAUUCGGUCUGCAAAACUGCCUAGGCAUCAUCACGCAUCUCUUCUUCCCAACAGCCGCUCCUUGGUAUGGCGACCAGUAUGGCUACCCGCUGCCGCCAGGCAACUACUCUAUGCCCGGGAGUAGCGCUGGACUUGUUCGAGUGGAUAAAGUACUCGGCACGCAUCUCUACGAAAAUGCAUUCAAGGCGUCUCCACUCGUCUUUGGUGCUUUUCCCUCUCUCCACGGGGCCUUUGCCGCGUGUUGCUUUUUAUUUAUCGGCAGAUACUCGCUCAAGGGCCGCUAUGUGCUUGGCUUCUACUUGCUUUGGCAGUGGUGGUCAACCAUGUACCUGCGGCAUCACUGGAGAAUAGAUCUCCUCAGCGGUCUCGCGUACGCUGGAUUCGCUUUCACACUGCUUCAAGGAUUCAUUGUACGGAAAGAGCAUGAGUUCGAGAUGGGCUUAUCUGGCCAGCCUGCAUGGCAACGUCUUUGGCGCGGAACGCCGCUUGAACACUGGUUCGAAGCGAAAGACACACAUGCCUUCGACAAGCUUGUCACAGACGACGAUGAAGAAGAUACACUGGUGUGCCCUGUAUAA